AUGUUCAUUGCUGAAGUAGCUGACUCUGAUUCUGAUUCAGAUGAAGAGCCUGUCUAUGCAGCAGAUUGUCCAGAAAGAGUGUCUAAGGAGAAGCGCAAGCAAAUCUUUGAUGGCGUCUGCAUUCCUCCUAAACCAGAUUGGGCCAAAGCCGUAAAAGGAAAGAAGAAAGAAGAAGAGAAGCCUGUCAUUCCAACCAUAGCGCCUCCCCCAUCAAAGCCACACAUCUUUGAUAUUGCACAGCCUAUCUUUGACCCCACUAAUGACGAUGUAAUCAUGGAAGAUGCUUCCCAGACCACUAAGAAGAAUCCCCCUGCCGAUAAACAGAAGAAACAACUCAAGACUUCAUCUACUCUUUCGCAUAAUCUUGACUCCAAAGCCAUCAUUGAUCAAAUUCUCAGCACCCCUAUCCCACUAUCUAUUGGUAACGACAUUGGUCUAUCAAAAGAAGUUUCCCAGAAUCUCCAAGAAAUGAUGAAACCCAAGCGCCUUAAUUUUGGACUAGACAACAAGCGCCAAAGCUUGACAGCUGAAUCACUUCUUGCCAUCACUCAUGCCGACCUCAUUUGUGUCCCUGUUACCUCUAAUGGAGAAACUAUUUCAGCAAUUGUUGAUCAGGUCAAAGAUGCCAAUGGAGGAUUUGAGAGACUUAAUGGCACUUAUCUCGUCUUCAGAAAGGAUGGCAAAAUCAAAAACCCUGCUCUGGAAGUCAAGGUAUCAUCAGAUCAUCGUCCUAUUCACUAUGUCAAACCAGUAUCUGGAGUAUCCGAUACAGUAUCCAGCUUCUUAGUCACGGACUAUGACUUCAAUGGAGAAGAUCAAGAUGGAAAUACUGAUCAAUCGGAAACUGCUGUUGAAAGUGUCACCCCAGAAGAAGAAACCGUGCUUGUUCCAGAUAAUUCCCCAAUUGGUUCAAUCGAAAAUUCUAGUACUCUCAGAGCACUGGAGGACCUGGAAACCUGUCUAGAAGAAACUAUUGAAGCCUCCAUCCCUAUCCCCAAUGCCUGUAACAACCAAGAGUGA